AAAAAGCACCCAUUUCACCAUCCAUUCAUUUACCACCCAUAAACCCCAAAGAUCGUCUCUUUUUUUAAUUAAUUAAGCUUCUUCAUCAGUUUCUGUAUGUGUGAGAAACACAGAGAGAAUGGCACUGGAGGCAGUAGUUUUCCCACAAGGUUUGUUUGCACACAACAGCACACAAGAUCUCUACAACUUGCUAGAAAACAAUUGGAGCAACCACAUUAUUGGCCUGGAAAAUGAAGAAGAAGAGGAAGAGAAAGGAAUAAGCUCAUUUUAUUUUCUCGACAACCAAACAGACAGUUGGAAUUCUUCUAUUUCUGAUUUCAACAGUAUGCAAGCAACUAACAAUGCAGCCUCAGAUUUGAACGCUCUGUACGGAGAUAAAUCAGCGGACAUGACGACGACUACUACUACUACUAUACGUCCCAAGAGACGCCGAUCCAGGAGCAGAAAGAACAAAGAAGAAAUCGAGAAUCAAAGAAUGACUCAUAUCGCAGUGGAGCGCAAUCGAAGAAAACAAAUGAAUGAGUAUCUCUCCGUGCUUCGAUCUCUAAUGCCGGAAUCCUACGUUCGAAGGGGUGAUCAAGCAUCAAUAAUUGGCGGCGCGAUCAAUUUCGUUAAGGAGCUUGAGCAGAGAAUACACUUAACUGAUGCCCACAAAGAAAUCAAGGCAGCAAAACCUGCUGAUGCUGAUGAUGAUACUGCUAAUAAGUCGCAAACUUUUUCGGAAUUCUUCACAUUCCCACAGUACUCAAAAUCCGAAGUUGCAGAUGUAGAAGUGACGAUGGUGGAGACUCAUGCCAACAUCAAAAUAAGGUCGAAAAGGCGGUCUAAGCAGCUCUUGAAGUUGGUUUCUGGGUUGCAGGCUCUGUAUCUCACUGUUCUUCACCUUAAUGUCACAACAGCUCAACAGAUUGUCCUCUACUCUGUCAGUGCCAAGGUAGAAGAUGAGUGUAAGCUGACUUCAGUAGAUGAGAUUGCAACAGCAGUGUAUGAGUUGCUAGGUAGGAUUCAAGAUAAUAUUAUGUGCUAAUUAAUGUUGAAAUUCUCAGCCCAAACAUAUUGAAGAUAUUGUUCGAUUUGUGCUAUGGGCUGCACAGAUUUGAUCUUCAUGGGCUCAUCGCCAGUGGUUCUUAGGCAAAAAAUGCAUUUUCAAAGGUCCGAGUGGCACAACGGACGCACUAAACCCACAUGAGAUAUUGUCCUCUUUGGACUCUGUUCUCUUUGCAUACAUUGUUUAUUCUCAAGGUUUUAUUUAUACUCGUUUACAAUGUUAGAGGUGUUUAACUUUAUUCAUAAACCACUCAGUUGGGUUAUAUGUCAAUCCGAUAUGAGAUGUUCUGUUUUUACAAUUAAAUAACAUUGGAAUUUGUGAUUCUCAA